AUGAAGAUCACUAGUGAUGUUGAGAUUUCCGACAUCAAGAAGGCACGACUAUUGCUCAAGUCGGAGCACCCACCCGGUUGGAUUGCUGCUGCUAGGCUCGAAGAGAUUGCUGGCAAACUUCAGGCAGCAAAAUUGGAGAGCAGUGAUCUGAAUAAGAGCAGGGUUUUGAGGAAAGGGUUGGAGCACAUUCCUGAUUCUGUCCGGCUAUGGAAGGCUGUAGUUGAGCUUGCAAAUGAGGAGGAUGCAAGGCUGUUGCUUCACAGGGCUGUGGAGUGUUGCCCGCUGCAUGUUGAGCUUUGGCUUGCCCUUGCGAGGCUGGAGACCUAUGACCAAGCAAGGAAAGUACUUAACAAGGCAAGGGAGAAGCUCCCCAAGGAGCCUGCCAUUUGGAUUACAGCUGCAAAGCUAGAGGAGGCUAAUGGGAACUCGCAAUCAGUUAACAAGGUGAUUGAGAGGGGUAUCAGGUCUCUACAGAGAGAAGGAAUGGAUAUUGAUAGGGAAGCAUGGUUAAAAGAAGCAGAAGCCGUGGAGCGUGCUGGAUCAGUUUUGACUUGCCAGGCUAUUGUGAAGAACACUAUAGGCAUUGGUGUUGAAGAUGAGGAUCGGAAGCGUACAUGGGUUGCUGAUGCUCAGGAAUGCAAGAAGCGCGGUUCAAUUGAAACAGCAUGUGCCAUCUAUGCACAUGCACUUACUGUGUUCCUGACUAAGAAGAGUAUUCGGCUAAAAGCAGUUCAACUUGAGAAGAGCCAUGGGACUAGGGAGUCACUUGAUGCACUCCUAAAGAAGGCUGUUAACUACAAUCCAGGGGCUGAAGUAUUGUGGCUUAUGGCUGCAAAGGAGAAAUGGUUGGCUAGGGACGUGCCUGCUGCUCAUGCUAUUCUUCAGGAAGCUUAUGCUGCUAUCCCCAAUUCAGAAGAGAUCUGGCUGGCUGCAUUCAAAAUUGAGUUUGAGAACAAUGAGCCAGAGCGAGCCAGAAUGCUUUUGGCCAAGGCCAGGGAAAGAGGAGGGACAGAGAGGGUUUGGAUGAAAUCUGCCAUUGUUGAGAGGGAGUUGGGAAAUGUUGGUGAGGAAAGGAGAUUGUUGGAGGAAUGUUUGAAGCUAUUCCCUUCAUUCUUCAAAUUGUGGUUAAUGCUUGGACAGAUGGAGGACCGGCUUGGUAAUGGAGCAUGUGAUCAAAUUUGUAAUCCUGAGUUCAGCUCAGUUUCUUAUUCAGUUAGACUUAGCGUUGAGCUCAGCCUGGACAAUCAUAUCCUCCCGAGCGCGUCUCUGUAA